CUUUCAAGUGACUUUAUAGUUAAAGUGAAACCUUUUUCUUUUCUUCUAGAUGGACCAUCCAAUGUUAAUUCAAAAUUGCCUGUACUUGUUUUCAUUCAUGGUGAAUCCUACGACUGGGGAACAGGGAAUCUUUAUGAUGGUUCAAUUCUUUCAAGUUUUGGUAAUGUUAUUGUUGUCACACUUAAUUAUCGUCUUGGAGUUUUCGGGUUUCUCCCAGCCAUUCAAGAUGGAACCAUUCGAGGUAAUUAUGGUUUAAUGGACCAAGUUGCUGCCUUACACUGGAUACAAGAAAAUAUCAAUGAAUUUGGUGGUAAUCCAUCCAAUAUAACGAUCAUGGGUCAUGGCCAUGGAGCUGCUUGUGUCAACCUCUUAAUGAUCUCACCCAUGGCCACUGACCUCUUUAAUCGAGUCAUCCUAAUGAGUGGUUCCGCUCUUGCUCCAUGGGCCAUUGCCACCGAUUCCGACAUUUACUCGCGCCAUUUGGCCAAACUGUUGAACUGUCCCAACCAUGAUAACCUAAUCAUGGUCAACUGUUUGCGAAGUAAAACUGCCGAGGAAAUACUUCGAGUUGACCUCAAGGUUCCUCAACAUUUAUCCGCAUUUGGACCAAUUGUCGAUGGAAUCGUAGUCAUGUCUCAUCCCAAAGAGUUGGUCUCUAAAUCGUACGAUUAUUCAUCUUCUUCCUCAUCAGCCUUUUCACAUUUCUACUCGCCAAUGUUUCCAACAUCACUUCCCUACUCACUUCCACUAUCAUCUUCGGCCAGUUCAUCGUCUUUGCCUACUUCAUCUUCAAAUGGAUUUUCAUUCGAUAGUCAAGGAUUCAAUUCACCUUCAACUACAUAUGAUUUACUUUUUGGUAUAACUCGAGUUGAAUCACCUUACCUGUUUACCGCCCAUGAAGAGCGACACGGAAUCGACAUGAAAAGAAGAGAUCGAAUUUUACGAACUUUGGUUCGCAAUUUGUUCGAUUUUCACCAGCAAGUUAUUCUUUUGACAUUGAUCAACGAAUAUACAGACUGGAGUCGUCCUGUUGAACAUCCAAUCAAUCUUUUUGAUUCCCUGGUUGACAUAUUGGGUGAUGCUCUUGUGGUAUCACCAUUGAUACAAACUGGUGAUACCAAUGCUCGACUAACAAUGUCAUCCUAUUCUGCUUCCCAAGUAGCUUCUUCAAGACGACAUCAUCAUCCAGCCAACUCAAUGGGUUCCUCACGUUCACCAACUCCAGGCUCUUUACCAUCACCUUCAUCACAAUCAUCAUCUUCCUCUGCUGCUCAACCUUCAACCGUCAACUUAUCUGGUUCCACUGGUACAGCCAAAGACCGACCAGAUCAUCACAAUUUUGGAUCUCGAACUUUUUUCUACCUCUUUUCUCAUCAAAGUGAAAACUCUGGCUUCUCACCUCGCCUUGGCUGUCAACAUGGUGAAGAGUUGUCUUACAUUUUCGGUGCUCCAUUGGCCAACACUUUACUCGGUAAUCCAUUGGGCAUUUUUCACACCAACUACACUCGUCAAGAAGCGACUCUAGCAGAAGCCGUCAUGACUUAUUGGACCAACUUUGUCAAAUUUGGUGAUCCAAACAUUUGGCCCAACGAACUCGACUCACAUGGUGAUCGUACAAAGGGUCGCUUUGAAAAUGUCUUUUGGCCUCAAUACGAUACAAUAACGAGAAAAUAUCUAUUGAUUGGAAUGAAGCCCAAAGUUCGUGACCAUUACCACAGCCAUCGACUUUCAUAUUGGCUUCAUCUUGUUCCUCGCCUUCAGGAAACUUCCUUCAACGAAGAGCCCAUUUACUAUUAUAAACAUCAUUUACUUCCCGACCAUGAAAGUCCCGAUUCUUAUGACGGAAUUGUCCGUCAAAUAUCUUCACGAUUCCAUCCAUCAUCACCUUCAUCGCCCUCAUCAAAUGCAACUGAAGUGAAUCAGAGUUCGAAUUCGACUCGUGGUGAUUGGAAAUUUUUAUCUUCCAAUAAACUAAAUGAUUCGGUGAAAGCAAAUCGCGAAUCGUCGAGCAAAAGUUCAAAUGGCAACUUUGAUGAAACAACCGAGGGUAAAACUUCACCUUCGCCUUCAUCUUCAUCAUCACUAUCAACAAUUUCCAAUAAAACCCAGGCAACUCCGAUAAUCAUGGAACAGAAUAAUUAUUCAACAGCAUUGAGUGUAACCAUAGCCAUUGGUUGUUCCCUGUUAAUAUUGAAUAUGCUUAUAUUUGCUGGUGUCUAUUAUCAGCUUGACAAGGCAAAAUCAAAUCGAUCCAAAUCAUCGUGUUCCCAUUUAGAUUCAAGCAAUGAUAAUAUUACUUGCAAUUCAGCUAAUAAUAGUAAUUCUGGUCAUCAACAACAUCAUCAUCAUCUUCACCAUUCGCAUCCUCAUCAUCCCAUCUCAAGUUCAACCAAUUCAACAUCACUCACCAAUGUUAAUAAUAGUAAUAAUAAUAAUUCAACUCUUGUAGAUGCAAGUGUAAAUGGACAGCAACAUCAUCCACUUCUUCAUCACCAUCACCAUCAUCACUCUGAUUACCAUAAUAAAUUUGAAGAGGGUUUAACCAAAGAUGAAACACCUUUAUUAACCAAUCGAAGUUCCUAUAUUAUUCAAGAUUGCGGUGAAAGUAAGCCUGAUGAUGAACUUGACCUUACUCGGUCAACGGGCAACACUGAUCUUGGUAUGGCUUUGGAUGAAGACAAGUAUCUUCAACAAGAGCAACUGCAACAGCAACAAGAUCGAACCUAUCAAACUCAUUACUUAACCAAUGUAAACUUGAACGAUUCAAUAACUGAUUUAAAUAGACUUAAAAGUGACUGUGCCAAAGUUUUGAUAACAAAUUAUGCUCCAAGAGACUCGACAACUUCAAAUGCAAGCACAAUCAGUGGCAGUGGUGGCAACACUUUACGUCGAAGUCCUAAAUCAGUGUUGAAAAAGAGUUCAAUGGAAGAACCGGUAAUGAGCGUCUUUCACUACAGUCCAAGUCACCACCAUUCAGGUUGCCCAUCAUCCACAUGCUGCACCUCCGAGUGUACAAUAUCAACAACCGUACCAACCAAUCCAUCCAUCCAAGCCUCUUCCAUACCUGGUUAUGUGACCCUGGGUCGUCAAGGAGCUCAUCAUACUUACCAUUCACAGCACCCCAGUAUUGUUUAUAACCAUCGAGCCUUAACUCAAUCUGAACUAAUGAACAAAGGAUCAAAUUUAAUGGGUCGUUGUGAAGAAGAGACGACAGCAUGAUUCAUUGAGAAUCUCAAUGUUGAAAGUUGAUUUUUUGAGUUUACAAUUUCCCUUCUUUCCUCUAUUCAUGAUUCAUUUUUUAGACACUUGAAGCUCUUGUUUUGCCCUUUUGUAAUAUAACCAAUUAUAACCAUUUUUGUUAACAUUUCAAAGAAAAUUAUUGAAAUAAACAAUUUUUUAAUCGA